GGUCCAUUCUCAUUUAGUAUAAUCCUUGGAGGUAUUGCAAGCAGUUUCAUAUGACUCCGCAGAGAAAAGGGCCACUGCGACCACCACAACUUUCUGCACAGGUUUUUCGGCAAAAGACUUAAAACACAGCCCACAAAUGUCGACUCCCCCUCCAACCUCUUGCGAUUGGAUGCUCCUGGUUGAUCAGAAAAAUAUAAAUGUGCGAGUCACAACCAUGGAUGCUGAGCUGGAGUUUGCCAUUCUGCCCAGCACAACUGGCAAGCAGCUGUUUGACCAGAUAGUGAAGACAAUCGGACUGAGGGAAACCUGGUUCUUCGGCCUCCAGUAUCAGGACAGUAAAGGCUUCUCCACAUGGCUCAAGCUGAAUAAAAGGGUGACAGCUCAAGAUGUGAGAAGAGACAACCCUCUGCUGAUUAAGUUCAGAGCCAAGUUUUAUCCUGAAGAUGUUGCUGAUGAACUGAUCCAGGAGGCAACGCAGCGCCUUUUCUUUUUGCAGGUAAAAGAAAGCAUCCUAAAUGACGACAUAUACUGUCCACCUGAGACUGCAGUGUUAUUGGCUUCUUAUGCAGUUCAGGUCAAAAACGGAGACUACAGGAAGGACUAUCAUAUACCAGGAUACCUUGCAAGAGAGAAACUGCUGCCACAAAGGGUUUUGGAGCAGCACAAGCUGAAUAAGAAUCAGUGGGAGGAAAGAAUCCAGGUGUGGCAUCAAGAGCACAAGGGAAUGCUGAGAGAGGACGCCAUGGUGGAGUACCUGAAGAUAGCCCAGGAUCUGGAGAUGUAUGGGGUCAAUUAUUUUAGCAUCAAGAACAAGAAAGGCUCAGAGUUGUGGUUGGGAGUGGACGCACUGGGGCUCAACAUCUAUGACAAAAAGGACAAGAUGACCCCAAAGAUUGGCUUCCCCUGGAGUGAGAUCAGAAAUAUCUCCUUCAAUGACAAGAAGUUUGUCAUCAAACCAAUCGACAAGAAGUCUCCGGACUUUGUUUUCUACGUACCCCGACUUCGCAUCAACAAACGUAUCCUAGCGCUGUGUAUGGGGAACCACGACCUGUACAUGCGCCGACGAAAACCAGAUACUAUUGAGGUGCAGCAAAUGAAGGCCCAAGCCAGAGAGGAAAAGAACAAAAGGCAGAUGGAGAGGGCUCUGCUCGAGAGUGAGAAAAAGAAGCGAGAAAAUGCUGAGAAGGAAACAGAGAAGAUUGCUCGGGAGACCAUGGAGCUGAUGGAGAGACUGAGACAGAUUGAAGAGCAGACAAAGCGAGCUCAAGAUGAACUGGAGGAGCAGACUCGCAAAGCCCUUGAGUUAGAAAAGGAGAGGACAAUUGCUCAGGAGGAAGCUGAGCGCCUGGACAAGGACCGCAAAGUUGCAAUGGAGGCUAAAGCAGCCCUGCUGCAACAUUCUGAAACCCAGAUAAAGAACCAAGAGAAUUUGGCUACUGAGUUGGCAGAGCUUACUUCUAAGAUUUCUCAGCUGGAAGAUGCUAAGAAGAAAAAGGAUGAAGAGGCGAAACGAUGGCAGAAAAGGGCGAUGGUGGUAGAAGCCGAUCUGGAACGAACCAAAGAGGAGCUAAAGGCUAAACUCAUGGGUGUCCACAUCCAAGAUACAGUCCACACUCACAUGCACGAGGAUGACGAGACCGAUGAGAGCAGUGCGGAGGCGAGCGCCGAGCUGACUUCACCAGGAAUGGUACGAGACCGCAGCGAGGAGGAAAGGGUGACGGAGGCCCAGAAGAACCAGAGACUGCAGAAGAACCUGAAGUUCCUGAGCACUGAUCUGGCUGCAGCCGUAGACGAGAGCAAGAAGACCCCCAAUGACUUGAUCCACGCCGAAAAUGUGAAGGCGGGCCGCGACAAAUACAAGACCCUGCGCCAGAUUCGACAGGGCAACACCAAACAACGCAUCGACGAAUUUGAGUCCAUGUGAGACUGUAGAGGUGCUUUAGAUCCACGUAAACCGAAACUUGUAGGUAAUGAAAUCUGACGCAGUGUAAAAUUUUAUUAGAGUAGCUGCAGAGUUUUAAAUGAACCAUUAAACUUAACAGGUUGAAUAUAAUGUUGGAAAUUGUAUUGAUUACAGUAUUUACUUUGAUACUUUUAAUGCCCCUGAUUUUAUGAAAACCAAGCCAGUAAAGUCCUUAGAAGUAUAUUUUUAAUUUCCAAUGAGCAACGUAGGCAUUUAAUGUUAAGGUUUCAUUACAUGUGAGAAAAAGCCAAUAUUUACUGUCAUUUUUAAAAAGCUUCUUUUUCAUGUGUGGGUUCGAGUAUGGCAAGAAGUAAUAUAUCUGUUAAAAUCUGGAUAAAAGCAAUAAAAUCUUGACAAAAGGAAGUA